UGACGCCCACGGCUCCGCCCCGGCUCCGCCCCGGUCGGAGGGGGCCGAGUGGGUGGGACUCUCCGCCCCCGCCCCCCGGCCCCUGUCGCUAGGGACGCGGCAGCCGGGCAACCGCGAUGGGCCCGGAGGAGGGGUCGACGCCGGUGGACAACGUGGUCACUCAGUUCAGCACCUAUGAGGACUUCCUGGACUCGCAGAUCACCACGGUGGACUUGUACUACCUGGAGGACGAAGGCCUGGCCCGCCAGCUGGUGGAGCUAGGCUACCGAGGAACGGGCGAAGUGGUGAAAAGGGAGGACUUCGAAGCAAGGAAGGCAGCUAUAGAGACUGCGAGACUGGCCGAGAGGACCCAGAAAAAGACAUUGGCAAGCGCUGGCGAAGACCUGCAAGAUAAUUUUCUGAAGGCUCUGGCAGUGAGAGAAGGCGACAAUCGCAGUGGAAAAGUGAGCUCGGUGAUCUUUAUUCGUGACAGAAAUUCUCAUGGGCAAGAGGUGUCAGGAUACAUUGACUAUGCCCACAGGCUAAAGGUUGAAGAUUUUGAAGUCUACUUCAGUGGGAAAAAAAGACUUCUUCCAAAACCCACGGAUAUGAGCUUUUACAACUGGGACAGUCAUGUUGCUGUUUGGAACUCAACUCCCAACUACCAAGUGAUUGCUGAUAAUCCAGAAGGCUUGCUUUUCAAAUACAAAAGAGACAGAAAAAUCCUCAACGUGGACCCUAAGAGCCACAACUCCUAUGCAUGUUAAAUGAUACCUCAUUGUGGUGAGCUUAUCUCUCGUGUCUUACCUUGUGCUGUGGUCACAGUACUAAGGUCAAACGAAUGCAGUUGUUGGAAAUUGGAAAUCCCAUUUAGGGAAGCUCAUGAGGUCAAUUUUUACCCAGUAAAGAAGAGAGAGCUGUUAUGCCUGAGUCUCGGGUACACGAAGAAAGUAAUUUUAACUUGAAACUAAUGGCUGAAUGCAGAGCCAGGGAAAGGGAAUAUCUGAAAUGUAUGUGAGCAUCAGCAGAAGAGUGGGCCAAAGACACCGGACCAAAGAAGGAGCUAGCCGACCACAAGGAAAUGAAACCAGAAAUUGAGCAAUGCAAUAAAGAGUCAAGAGCAUUAAGAACCAGACUAUUUGGCAAGCUGAUGUUGGUGACUGGCCAAAUCACUUUAUCUCUCCAGACUUUGGCUCUUGAAGGUCCCUUCAAAAUCCAAAGCAUCUAUGAUUUCUCCUUGCUGUUUUUCUAAUCUAUUUAUAGGCUCCCUCAGCUGAAUAGAAUAGCCUUGCAAAUUCAGUGUCAUUUUCUCCAAGUGAUAGUUCAAGUGCACUGUCCAAGACUCUGGUUGCAGGGAUGGCCAUCCAAUUUGAAGCUUUAUUUUAAAAACACCGAGGUGUCUCCUAGAACUAGGGAAAGGAAUAUGUCUGCAUCCUAGGAAUAAUCAUAAUCAAACACUUGAACCCUGUCAGAAGUCCUUCCCUGUCUCAUUACUGUGGUCUUAGCUAUGCGUCACUACUCUCUUCUGACAAAACAGCCUGUUUCUCCAGAUGCACCUCUCUUCUCCUUCUCUCUCUCUUUCCCCUUCCUCCCUCUCUCUCCGUCUCUCUCCCCGCCCCCCUUUCCAUCUCCCUCUCUUUUCCUCCCUCUUUCCUUCCCUCCUUUCCCCACCCCUGCUCCCUUUUUUCCUCCAAGUCCAGAAUCCCAGAGAAGGGAAACGGGAUGGCAUCAAUCAGGAGCCCAGCCCCAACUAAUAUUUAAAUUCUAGAAAGGCCAGGUGACGCAGAUUUACGUUCUCCUUAAUGACAACAACUAUGACAUUCUUGUGAAUGAGUGAGAAUCUUCAGAAAGGCAGGCAACUCUACGACCAGACAGUGCUUCCAUGUCAACGGAGUAGAGAGAGAGUGUAGGAGAGAAAAAAGGGAGAAGUCUGGGAUGCUGAGGUCCUUGGUCCCUGGAGCACCAGUUCACACUUCUUGUCACUAGUGGUGACAACAGGGAAAGCAGCAGUGGCAAGGUGACUGGAUGAAUAUUCUCUUUGUAGGAUUUCUGCUUUAUGACACAAUUUUCUAAGAAAGUAUAGAAUUAAAACUACUUGAUCUGUGACAAGCCUCUUCAAAUUUUAUUGUAUACCCCAGAAUGAUAUGAUUUAGACAGUCAGCAACAACCAGAAACUAUCUUAACCUCAAGGAAACUAAAAGAAAAUAGCUACUUAUUCAAUUAUGGGAAAUGCACCACUUAUUUGUUUAUUUGGGGGGUUAUUUCUUUAUUGUGAGCUAGAUACUCUUUUUAGAGGCACAAUAAUAAAUGCAUGCUUCCCUCAAGAAAUUCACCAGCUUGGAUUAAAAAAGAACC